UCGAGGGAAGCCGGAUUUGAGAAAUAAAUGAGAAUUGGACAUGUUAUUAGUUUCGGACAAACAGCACGCAAAUAAGCACACCGCGGUGGUGAACGACAACAAACCGGGGCGUAAAACGCCAAACUUGGGAAUGCCAUCUGUCAGUCUGACAAUCGGCGUGCAGCCGUUUGUUUACGUCGGGCGGAAAAUAAUUCACUUUCCACGAGCUUGCGAAACGAUGGAGAGCAUGAAGGAAAAUACGCACAGAGUGUUAGAACUUUUCAGUGGCAUCGGUGGAAUGCGAAUGGCAUUGGAGCAGACCGGCAAAGCAUUCACCAUUGAAUGUGCGAUCGACGUGAAUCCGAUAGCGAACGCAGUUUACAGACAUAAUUUCGGUGAUAAAGUUGUCCGCAACGGAAACAUAUUGAGCCUGAGUGCAGAGAAAAUUUCCAAGCUAAAUGUUAACACAAUCCUUAUGUCGCCACCAUGCCAACCUUUCACGAGAAAUGGGAAAUUCAACGACAUUAACGAUAGACGUACCGAUCCUUUUAAGCACAUUUGCGAUCUGCUCGACAAGAUACCGUUGGUCAACUUUAUUCUGAUGGAAAAUGUGAAGGGGUUUGAAAAAUCUCAAGCUUGCCAAAUGUACAAAACCCGUUUGGAAGAGGCUGGGUUUCACUAUCAGGAAUAUAUUUUGUCACCCCAUCAAUUGGGUGUGCCAAACACCAGGCACCGCUACUAUUGUGUCGCAAAACGUAAAGGAACUGAUUUUAAAUGGAACAAUGAAGCAAUCAUCGUCCAACAGCUGGAUACUCAGAGUGAUUCUCAAACUAAUAUUGGAGCAAUUGUAGAACAACACUUAGAAGACCCGGAACUGUAUGCGCUGAAAAGUGCAGCGUUAUUAAAGCAUCUUCCACUGAUGGAUGUUUGCACACCGAAGUCAACCAAUUCUAUGUGCUUUACGAAAGCAUACACGCACUACGCAGAAGGUACCGGUUCUGUAUUUUGUCCCCUGCCGAAGCACGAAUUUGACAAAAUUUAUUCCAGUGCAAUGAGUGUUGAUGAUAACGAUCGGAAGUUGGCUUUGUUGCAGGAACUACGUGUACGAUAUUUUACCCCAAAAGAAGUUGCUCGACUGAUGAGCUUUCCGGAACAGUUUAAUUUCCCCGCUGAUGUUACCAAUAAGCAACGAUAUCGAACGCUGGGCAAUAGUAUUAACGUGUUUGUCGUCGGUGUAUUGCUGCAAGAAUUGUAACAAAACAACAACAAAAUCCACAUAUUGAGGUGGUUUCGCCCGAGAGCCACAGUCGGUGUAUAUAUUCCAAUGAAGAUAUAUUAAACA